ACAAUAUUAUCAUCAAAUGACUUAAUUGAUGUUGUAUUAUCUGGUACGCAGAGGAAAACCCCGACGGUGGUCCAUCCACAGUAUGAUAUUCGUCGAAUAAGGUCUUUUUAUAUGCGAAAAGUCAAGUUUGCACAACAAACUUUCCACGAUAAACUGUCAGCAAUAAUAACACAGUUUCCAAAAAUAGAAUCGAUACAUCCUUUCUACGCCGAUUUGGCAAACGUAUUAUAUGACAAAGAUCAUUUUAAAAUUGCUCUUGGUCAAGUGAGCAAUGUUACAAAAUUCAUCGAUCGAAUAGCUAAGGAAUACGUUAAACUUCUGAAGUAUGCAGACUCCCCGUUUAAAUGUAAAAUGCUAAAAAAAGCAGCUUUAGGACGUAUGUGUACUUUGGUACGCAAGCUCAAAGAUACGUUAGCUUAUCUAGAAGAAGUUAGACGUCAUCUGUCUAGACUUCCAAACAUAAAUGUAUUUUCCAAAACUUUACUUUUGGCCGGCCACCCAAAUGUCGGUAAAAGUACUUUUAUGAAUGUACUUUCUAACGCUAAUGUAGAAACAGCAAACUGGGCUUUCACCACUCGUUCUCUUUACGUAGGUCAUUUUGAUUACCAACUCGAAAAAUGGCAGGUAAUCGAUACGCCUGGUAUAUUAGAUCGUCCGCUAAAUGCUAGAAAUACUAUUGAAAUGACAAGUAUUGUCAGUUUAGCGCACUUACCUGCCGCAAUUUUGUUUUUAAUUGAUAUUUCUACAACUUGUGGUUACACAAUUGAAGAGCAAGUCAACUUGCUCAUUUCUCUUGCUGCUGUACUUAAAAAUAAACCAGUAGUUGUUGUAUUAAACAAGAUUGAUAUUUGCAAGCCUUCCGAAAUUUCUCAAGAAGAGCUCAAUUUGAUUCACUCUUUGUCUAAUUAUUUUGAAUUUCUUCAAUUUGUUGGAUGUUCGACCAAAACAGGAGAAGGUUUGGACGAAGCAAAAAAUAAAGCUUGUGAAAUGCUUGUGGCGUUACGUAAGAGAAACAAGUUGCUUUCAGGUAAAUCUGUUGUUAACACAGAAUCUUCAUAUGUUUCAAAUGUACCGACGGAUCCCCAAAGACCUGCUUACAUACCUCCUGUAGAAGGGACCAAACAAAAACUUACGCUCGAUUCCAUAUCUGAAUAUAUCAACAAGCAGGGUGGAGCUGGUGUGUUUAGUAUUGGUGCCAACGAGAAGUGGCUGCUAGCCAAUGACGAAUGGAAAAACGAUAAAUUCCCUGAGUUCUUUGAAGGCAAAAACAUCUACGAUUUUAUUGACGAAGAUAUUUGUGCCAAGCUUGAGACUUUGGAAAAAGAAGAGCAAGAAAUCGAGUUGUUGUGGAAUAAGUCUUUGAACGAACCUACAGAGCAGUGGUACGCGUUGAAAAAUUCUAUAUACGAAAUGCGCGUUGAAGCUGAAGCUAAGCGACUUCUUUCUAUAAUGAAACGAUCCAAGAGUUCUGCUAUUAAUUCUCGCCAAUUUAUUGAUACGAGUGAGUUUAAAAAGCGUUUGGAGGAACUCGAUAUUGAACCUGAAGAUGUAUUGAAGAAGUUGAAAACUAUUUCAACAGAUAUUGAUUCUGAUUAUGUGUCUGACGAAGACGACUAUUUAAUGUCAAACUCCGACGCUGAACUUAAUAAAGAAGAUAUUAACGUUGACGUCCCUCAAAUCUCUAAUUCAAACAAUGCACAGUCUUUGCAAAAACGCAUUAGAAAGUUCAAGCUUGCCAGACGCACAGGAGCCAAAGGAAUUAAAGCCAAACUUGAUUUGCUGCCCAAAGAUCGUAAAUCUAAAGGUUUCAAAAACCACCCUGAGCUGCUUGCUGAGUCUGAAAAACACGUUAAGAAAAUCCAAAAACGAUUUGUUACACCUAGUUCAAACCAACAGAAAUGGCAGUCUCACGAAAGUGAUCGAUUCAUCGGUACUAUGAAACCAAAACACUUAUUUUCUGGUAAACGGAGCAACGGAAAAACCGAUAGACGUUAA